AUGACUGUGUNUAAAUCUCGUUGGAACUCAACAUUUUGCUUAAUUGAUUCCUUAAUUGAUGCUAAACCAUUAUUGAUGAAAUUAUUUGUCGAAAAAGAAACAUUACAAUUACGUAAAGAACAACUUAACAAAUUAGAAUCAAUUGAAUUAAAUAAAGAUGAUUGGGAUUUUUUAUCGUCAUUACAUCAUGUGCUAAGACCAUUUUUUCUUGGAACAAUUAUGAUGUCUGGUAAAAAUUAUCCAUCUAUUGGACUUGCUUAUCAUACGGUGCAAAAGCUCAAACAAUUUUGUACCUGUGAUGAUGAUAGUAAUGAACGGAUAAAAGAAUUAAAAAAGUUAAUACUAGCAAAAAUCUACAAAUAUUUUUUCUAUGAUAUAGAGCAACUCGAAUAUUUUCAGUAUCAUGCUUUUUUCGAUCCCACUGCACAUCUAAGUCUUAAUGAUGCUGAAAAAAGUCAAUGUGAAAAAUAUAUAAGAAAUUUAAUAUUUAAUGAUGUUUAUCCACAAAAAAGUUAUUCGAUUGAUAUUACACAGACUGCAACAACCACCGUAACACCUCAAUUACAACAGUUAUUUUCACAAAAUAAAUCAUUAAAAAUAUCAACGUAUGAUGAUUUUAUUUCUGCAUGUGGCGAUCAAGAUUGUGCUGUAGAAAAUAUAAAAGAAAAAAUGCACUAUGUUCAACUUCCACUUCUGUCAAAUUUAGCGAAAGUACAUCUUGUUGCAUGUGGAAGUAGUGUACCUAGCGAGUCAGCUUUUUCAUGUUCAGCAUUUGUAGCACGUAAAGAACGUUCACGUCUUUCUCCAGAAAAUUUAGCUUAUUCUGUUUUCUUAAAAGAUAAAUUAGAUAAAAAUUGA